AUGAUGGCCAAUUAUUUUCGGUCUACUUUCAAGUUUAGGAAGACCACCGUUAGCACCUUGUUUGUGCUUACUGUUUUGGUUAUUAGUAUACUGACAUGGUUCGAUGCUAAUAAAUAUAAGUCAAACUUACCAGAUGAUAAGUCAUCAAAUUCAUUGUUAGAUGCAGCUUGGCAUGAUUUACAAGUCAUUACCGAGAAACCUCAUCCUUACACUUCUCAUUUCAAUGAUAAUGUACAUGACUAUUUGUUGCAAAGAGUCGAGCAGAUAUCGAAAAAGUCAAAGUUUAUUGAGGUAUCUGAUGAUUCUGCUAAUGGUGUCUCUAAACUCUUUCAACAUUUGGACGUUUUCAACGAUUCAUCUACCGAAACCAGGCUGGUUUACUACGAGUCCUCGAACAUUUUGGUUAAAGUGGAAGGAAAGUCACCACAGUUACCUGGCCUUCUACUAUCCGCCCAUUUUGACUCGGUGCCAACUGGAUAUGGUGCCACAGAUGAUGGGAAAGGUGUGGUAUCACUUCUUGCGUUACUUCAGUAUUACUCGGAAAACCAACCAGAAAGAACCAUCGUUUUCAACUUCAACAAUAAUGAAGAAUUUGGGUUAUUGGGAGCCACCAUAUUCACUUAUAGUGAGUGGUUCAAACUUGUAUCAUAUGUUAUUAAUCUAGAAGGUGCUGGUGCCGGUUCCAAGGCUGCAUUGUUCAGGACAUCGGAUACAGCUACCGCACUCUUAUAUGAAAAAUCCGUAAAAGAUCAGCCCUUCGGCAAUUCCAUCUAUCAACAAGGGUUUUAUAGCAGGUUUGUUUCCAGCGAAACAGAUUAUAAGAUUUACGAACUCAACGGUCUACGAGGAUGGGACAUUGCCUUCUACAAGCCUAGAGAUAUGUAUCAUACGGGGAAGGAUACAGUUCAGCACACUAGUAAAGCUGCACUAUGGCAUAUGCUUAACAUUGCUUGGCAGUUGUCAAAAUAUGUGGUAGCAGAUCAAACCACCGCUUCACAGGAGAUUCUCGAUGAUGAAAGUAAUUCAUCCCCUGCUAUCUACUUUGACAUUAUUAGCAAAUGGUUUUUCGUUGUAUCUGCUAGACAGCUUUACGUGUGGAAUAUAGUUUUGCUCUGCGUUUUACCCAUUACACUUAUUCUAUUAAGAAUAGUUUGCAAUAAACUAGGAACAUGGAGAAUGCCAACUUCUGCUUUAUUUACUAGAAUUCCAUUUGCACUGUUUGUGUCUUCUUUCACCAUUUAUUUUACGAAGGAAUUGCUACUUCAAUUGAAUCCCACUAUAUGGUCAAGAAAUUUCAUACUUCCAUUCUUAUUCUGCAUUUCAGAGUUUCUGCUUAUUAAUACCUUAGUUUUAGCCUUAUUUGAAUACCUAUGGCCAAUUCAGGAUUUCAAAACAUUAUCUCUUCUCGAAUUGUCUGCAAUAGCGUGGUUAUUUUUGCUGAAGUGUACAUGGGAUUUGAGCAGUUCGGGAUUUAAAGCUACAGGAGUUUAUCCAGUAACCGUUUUCUAUCUAUUUAUUUCUCUUGCUUCCAUGUUUGGACUCUGUUCCAUGUGCUUUGGUAAAAGGCCCAAUGCGACAAAUGAUUAUGACAACUCUGAGUUUAUGCGUCCAGACACAAACGAUACCCAUUCAAUAGAAUGUCCACGACAGCCAGAAGAUUCCGAAACAACUGAGACAUCUCCUCUCAUUAAUACUCCAAGCUCAUCAGUUCAAUCAAGUCCUAUUGCUUCAUCAAAAAGCCUACCUGGUGCUGUCCAAUAUCUACAAAGAACGUUGAAUUAUGACUGGUCAGCUCAGUAUCUUUUGGCUGUUCCAAUCAAUGCGUUUUUAAUAUGGGAAAGUCUAUUCAAUCUGUUUGACGCUUUGUCUAUGACCGUCCAAGAGUCGAACAAAGCAACUGAAGCUGUCUUCAAGUUUGCUAUUUACGGAGCAAUAUUCUUAUGCUCACCACUACUCCCCUUCACCACCAAAUUAAAUCGAUUUGUAGUGAUUAUUUUGGGAGUUGUAACAAUUUUGGCGGCUUCAUUUUCAUUAUUUGCUGCUCCAUAUACUGAGCUUGCCCCUCUUAAGCUCAGAUUUGUUCAACGGAUAGAUAUCUCAAGAGAAACAAAACAAAAUGUUGAAAUAUACGGUCGAGCUGGAGCUAAUAUUCAAGAAGUUCUAUCAUCUUUACCGUCCAGACCAAAUGUGUCUUGCAAAGACUCAGGGUCAGGAACAGAACUGUGUGUAUAUGAAGGCAUGUGGCCGAACUUUGGUAUUCCCAUGAAGGUAGAUGUAGUUAAAAACACUCAUAAUGAUAAAGAGCACUUUGAAUAUGAACCAUAUUUUGCUGAUCUACGGAUCAAUGUUGCAGACAACAGAUUAUGUUUGAUGAAAUUCAAUACAACAGGGAAGAAACAUCUAAAGCAGGUCGAAUUCAAAGUCGGCAAUGAAACCACAACCCAUUCCUACAGAACCGAUGAGGGAAUAGAUUCUUUGCUUUUACACAAACUCAGUUGGAAUGUUCCAUAUUAUGAUGUUCAAUUGAAGUGGAUACCUCAGUAUACUGCUGAGGGAAGUUCAGACACACUUGGAGUUUCCAUUGAUUGCUACUGGGGUGAAUUUGACGAAACUAUUGUUAAUGGGCAGGUGGUACAAAAAAUCCCUGCGUACAACGAGCUUUUACAAUUCUUACCUGAAACUUUCAUCGUAUCAAAUAGAGAAAGUGGGAUGGUAACUAUUCACAAAUAUCUUGAAUUAUAA